UCCUGUGAUUUCCCCAAAAAGCCCCCACUCAAGUAGAGACGAGCGAGAGAAGAGUAUAAAGAUAAGCAUUUUCACAGCUGCAAUCACUCCUCUCUCGUUCCAUCAAAACGCCAUGUCUUUGAUUUUCCGAGCUUCUUCACCUUUCACAAUCCAUCGCUCCAUCUCUCCCUCUUCUCUCUCCUUCCCUAUCUUCCGCCAUUUCCUCAAAUCCCAUUGCAGACUCCCCAAACGCAGAAUCUCCACUGCUUCUCUCUCCGCCUCCGCCUCUGCUUCUCCUUCUCCUUCUCCUUCUCCAAGAACCCUAGUUUCACAAUCUGACCUCAGGAACUCAGCUCCUGGCGAGAACAAUUCUCUCGUAUGGGUCAGCCGCACGGCCUACUGCGGUAAUCUGACGGAUGUCGAUGUCGGGAAGCGCGUCAGGCUCUGCGGGUGGGUCGCGCUCCAUCGGAUUCAUGGCGGGGUCACGUUCGUCAGUCUCAGAGAUCAUACUGGGAUCGUUCAGAUUACAUCGCUUCCUGAUCAGUAUCCUGAUGCACAUUUUGCUGUGAAUAAGCUGAGACUUGAGUAUGUUGUUUCUGUGGAGGGCCUUGUUUGAUCUCGGCCAAGUGAAUCUGUAAAUAAGAAGAUGAAAACUGGUACAAUAGAGAUUCUCUCCAACCUUUUGUUGCGGCAUAGCGUGGUCAAGCUCAUCCGACGGUAUCUAGAGGAUAUGCACGAUUUUGUGGAGAUUGAGACUCCAAUCCUAUCUAGAUCUACACCUGAAGGUGCUCGAGAUUACCUUGUACCUUCACGAGUUCAGGGAUUGGGUGCUGUGAGUUGGGUGCCUUUUUGGGGUGUGGCUAGGGAUGUAGCCUUUAUAUUUUUUUCCUUUUCCAUCUUACCAUUCUACCACCUUUUGAAGAACCUUGUCCUCAAGUUUCAUUCUCUCUUCGGUCCCUCUUCAGAGAAAUUGGAUUGCCAAAUUUAUAAGGAAGUGCCCAAAUCUAUGUUGUUCCCGAGCUAUCUUGAAUCGAGUUUUUUUGUUCAUGAAGUUGGACCUAAUGUGAUCAUGGCAACAAGUGGUGGAUCCAUUCAAGCUAUUCUGCUAUCAUUUUGGAUCCUGUUUCUUUCUAACACCAUUCAAUUCAAUAUCUGCAAUGGAAAACCCAACAUGGGUUGCUUGGAAAUGGAGAAAAAAGCGCUGCUUGAAUUCAAGAAUGGCCUUGUAGAUCCUGCAAGAAGGUUCUCCUCUUGGUUGGAUGGUGACUGUUGCGCGUGGGAAGGAUUUUAUCGUGUUUCUUUUGUUGGCAGGUGUUUUCGUGAUGAAGACCUGAGAGCUGAUAGACAACCUGAGUUCACACAGCUAGAUAUGGAAUUGGCUUUUACCCCUUUGGAAGACAUGCUGCAACUUAAUGAAGACUUGAUAAGACAUGUGUUUAAAGAAAUAAAAGGAAUCCAACUUCCUGACCCUUUCCCGAGGCUUACAUAUGCAGAAGCAAUGAGUCGAUUUGGGUCAGACAGACCAGAUCUUCGAUUUGAUAUGGAGCUGAAAGAUGUGUCUGGAGUUUUCUCCGAGUCCACUUUCAAGGUCUUUGCAGAUACCUUGGCAAGUGGAGGGAUUAUCAGGGUGUUAUGUGUGCCUACGGGAGCAAAAAGAUAUUCAAAUACAGCUCUUAAGAAAGGUGACAUUUACAAUGAAGCAAUUAAAUCAGGAGCAAAGGGUUUACCUUUUCUCAAGGUCUUGGAUGAUGGUGACCUUGAAGGGGUUCCAGCUUUACUGUCAAGUCUACAACCCACCAAUAGAGAACAAUUGUUGAGAUUAUGCUCUGCAAAAUCAGGCGAUCUUAUCUUGUUUGCAGUGGGUCAGCAAGCAUCAGUUAAUAAGACCCUUGACCGGCUUCGGCUAUUCACAUCACAUGAGUUGGGAUUGGUUGACCAUUCAAAACAUUCAAUCCUGUGGGUGACCGACUUUCCAAUGUUUGAAUGGAACAGUUCCGAGCAGAGGCUUGAGGCUCUUCACCACCCUUUUACUGCACCAAACCCUGACGACAUGAAUGACCUUUCUACUGCCCGUGCUUUGGCUUAUGACAUGGUCUACAAUGGAGUAGAGAUUGGUGGAGGGAGUCUGAGAAUUUAUAAGCGUGAUGUGCAAGAAAAGGUCUUAGAAACUGUUGGUAUCACCCAUAAACAGGCUGAAGAAAAAUUUGGCUAUCUUUUGGAGGCUCUGGACAUGGGGGCUCCUCCACAUGGGGGGAUCGCAUACGGAUUGGAUCGGUUGGUGAUGCUUUUGGCCGGAGCUAAUUCAAUCAGAGAAGUCAUAGCUUUUCCAAAGACCACAACGGCCCAGUGCGCCCUCACUGGGGCGCCUGCAAAGGUAGAUCCUCAGCAACUAAAAGACCUAUCAUUUCCCCCAACCCAGUAGUCAGCUUUGUACUGUAUGAGUCUCUAAAUUAAAUUAAACUCGAUUGUAGUAGCAAAGACGAUUUAUUAUUUGAAGUCAUCCUUGCUGCACAAAAUAUGGGGAAGAAGGUCCAAGUGUACAUUUGAGAAUGGUAUUUUCUAGUAUUAUCAUCCCCAGUUGGGAUUUUUUGGAAUUUGGAAAUGAGAAUUUUUAGGGCCUUGAUUCA